UUUGAAUGCUCCCCUCCAUGAAACCGUUAGUUAGACAAUUUCCUCCAUGGCUACCCAAUGGGAUAAUCGAUAACUUGAUCGCAGGUCUUGAACCCAAUAUCGUUUCAAGCCUGCAGUAAUAUGCAUGUCCCUUUGAAUGGCGCCACAUAGGAUGGUUGGAGUUCGGAACCGCAAUGCCACGUCAGACACUGAUGGUACGAGAGAGUUUCGUCUUUAGGCAGCUCCGGGGAAAAAUUGUCGUCAUAUUUACAUCUUUCAUCUGAGACUUUUUUUUCAGACUAUCCUUCUUUUCUUCUCUCUGCACAUUCUGCGAGGCUUCACAGAGUAACCCACUGCAGAUGCGAAUAGUUCGCGAAACUCGGAUGUUUGUUAUCAGAAACCAAUGAUGCGGAGCUCCACAUUGCAGCAAAUUAGAGUGCCCAAGUGCAAGAGGAGUGCGAGGGUGAAGCGGCGAAGACAAUAUGCGGGCUUCAGUUGGAUUAGCUUUGGCUCUGAUCUACUUCGACGAGGUGACAUGUCUCAGUGUUCAAGUAGCAAGGACAACUCACGUAGUAUUUUUGCCAGAAAAACCAAUCUGUUUUAUGAAAUACCAAUUUCAGAGCAUCAGAGGAGAGGACAUAACAUAUCCCGGGAUGAGAAUAUGAUAUUUCUGGAGAGAGAGAACAAGGAAAAUGUUUGUAAAAGAUUAGAGAGGUCGUGUAGAGAGUUAGAAUCAGCCACUCAGAGUACAAUUUCAGAUUCCACAGAAGACAGGUGUGCGGAGGAAAUGGCACGUGACACAUUAAAUCAAUAUCACUUUGUAGAAAUACCCAGAAGUUUCACUGGCUCUGAUGCUGCUGAUAGUUAUAGUUUGCAUGAGAAGAAAUCUGGUUUGGGCUGUUUUGAAAAGCAGAAACAUUUGUCACCCAAAACUGUUCAGCGUGCUCAAUUUUCAUGGUGGCCUGCAGAGAGCUUUGGGGAAAAAAGAUGUACUCCAAGAUUGGAUUUUCAUAAUGCUCUGGAAGAGGCUUCAAGUAAAAGAUCUUCAAAUCAUCAUGGGCACUAUGAUGGAAGAUAUCAAAGUCCUAUUGUAUCUCGACAUAACCCAUCUUAUGAUGAGGCUGCAUGGAAGGCAUCUAAUUCAAACAGAGUGAAGGGUGAUGAAACUGAGUAUGGAAGGGGCAAAAGAAAGCGCAAACCAAAAGUACACUUUGAUGAAGAGGUGUCACUUUCAGUAAAGUCGCUAUGGCGAAUGCGUCGGUUGAGAAUAAUGCGCCAUCUUGGUCUGGUCGCUCCACCUGGUUCUCCAUUCGUUAUUAAUCCUCCUGUAAGGAGUGCUGCUUAGAUACAUGGUUGAUUGCCCUGUAUCAGAGUUAGAUCUGUUUAAAUGUAGCUUGCCUCGCCUUUCUCUUGACAACAUGGUGGGCAAUGCAUAAAAAUAUACCCAACAAAGGUAUGUUUACAAUUUGCAGUAAUUCAUUCAUUAAUGUUGUAACAGUUUUUUGGUUGUCAAGUCAAUAUGUUGUUUGCUGUCCUAUUUCUUCUUCACCCGAAGAAGAAGAUUUUGCUAGAUGGCUAUAGCUUAUAGCAUGACAUGGCACUUAUUUGACCAUGGUCCUUGAUGUUUAGAUAGGAAUUUAUUGAUAAUUAUUCAUAUAAGUAUAUGAACCUUCCAUCUAGUGACACUGUGUACAAUGUAAAUUAUUUAGAACAGGUUGAAUGUUUUAAGGCCUAAAGCGUGCAUUUAGCUAAAAGUUUAAUGUGAAAUUCAAGUUUUUCAAA